AUGGGAACACUUGUUCCUCCCUGGUACAAACCAGAUCCACCCAGCGAGCACUCGCUGGACCUCGCCAGCUUCCUCUGGGGAGCCUCAACAGCCAUCGCAUGCUUCAGCUUUAGCAAGGCUGUCCGCCAGACCAGGCGGUCAUGGCUUCAUACCCACAAGGUCAACGCCUACAUUGUCAUGGUGUGGCUGGAGUGGACUGCCUGCGUGAUCAUGUCGGUCGUCAGCUGGUUGUUCCUCAUUGGGAUCAUCCCGGUGAGCUUUUGGAUCUUCUUUGGUCUUCUCGUUCUCUGGGUAGUUCAGAUCCAAUGCCUUUCCCAAAUCCUCUGCAACCGCCUCUCCCUCCUCUUCUUCUACCCCGACCACGCCCGGCGCCUCAAACUUGGCGUUGGCCUCGCCGUCGGCGUGAUCAACAUCAGCGUCUUUUGCAUCUGGCUCCCCGCCCGCCUCCAGAUCAGCGAGACGUUCAUCAACCUCAACAACAUCUGGGACAGGGUUGAAAAGGCCCUCUUCCUGAUCAUCGACUGCUGCCUCAACAUCUACUUCAUGUACAUGGUCCGCACAAAGCUGAUCGCCAACGGACUGAAGAAGUACGAGUUGGUGUACAAGUUCAACCUGUCCAUGAUGGUCGUGUCGCUGUUGCUGGAUGUGGGUAUCAUUGCUCUGAUGUCUUGGGAGGAUGAUGCUGUAUACAUGCAAGCACACCCCCUCGUCUACCUCGCUAAACUCUGCGUUGAAAUGAACCUAGCCGAGCUACUAGGUAAAGUCAUCCAGAAGUCCCGCGAGCGUCGCAACACCCCGUUUCUCCGAACCCACAUCGGUAGUAUCACCUCGCCGUUGACACGAACGACAACAGCAGCCACUGCUACCACGACCAAUACGAUGCCCACGUCAAUACUACCCGACGGGAACAUCUUUGGGGGGUGCCCGCACUCUCGGCAUCUUCCAGGUUGCAACUGCGAUAACAACAACAACAACAACAACGAUGAGAAAUUGUUUCACCGAUUUUGGAACCUCAGUAUGACUGGGUCUGCUGGGCAUAGGGAAGGGAGUUAUACCGGGGCGGAGUUGUAUAAUUAUUUUACACAUGGGGGACCUGGGGAUAGGAGGAGGGCGACGGGGGAUAUUUUGGAUGAUGCGGCGGGUUUGUGGAGCAGUGGGGAGGAUACUCCGGUGGUGAGCCCCCGGGUGGAGAGGGAUAUUGAGGCGGAGGGGGGGUUGGGGGGUUUGGGGAGAAAUAAUCAGCAGAGAGAUGAUAGGGGUAAUGAGACUAACAGAGCUCGAGGCGGGAAGAGGGGUGUCGAGAGGCCCACCGGGUCCAGGAAACCUAGCGCUGGGUCGAGCACGCUUGUCCAGCAGGAGAGUGGCAGUGGGAGUGGUAGUCGUGGGAGUAGUAUCAGGAAGGAGGGGAGGGAUAAGAGGGAGGGGGAGGACCCAUGGGAGGAGUAG